AUGGGGAGAAGACCCUCUGCGGCCAAGUCGGCGGCGUCCGUCGAAGAUAUCCCUCCUCCGCCUAGACGAACCUCUGCCAGACUGACUCGACAAUCGCUCAAUUCCAAUAAUAUCGACACAACACCUACGGAUGAAGGAAAGACUAUGAACCCGCCCCAGCCGGCUAGUACUGGCCUUGGCCAUAAACGAGUCUCUCUCGAAGUCGCCAUCCCCGUCCCCAGCCGGUCGUCGUCGCGUGCUACCUCGUCUGCCGUCGAUGAUACCUCUUACGAUGGCACCAACGGAUACAGUACUCCAGCUACGAGUGUGGCAGUGACACCCGUCGCGUCGGAUGCCGGCAGAUCCAGGAAGAGAGUCAGUGCUUCAACCCGGGCUAGAGAACUGCGCUCCAGUGCCAUGUCCCUCCACGCGGCAAACGGAACCAAGAGGGCCUUUUCGGCAAUCUCGGAUUCUACCCCUGAUAAUGCGGAUGAGGCCUUGGCCCUGUCGCUUCAAGCACAGGAAUACCAAGUGUCCUUCCCCAAAAGACCGAAACUCUCAGGCACCGAGAAUCUGGAGAUUGCGGAUUCAGAGGGCGAGAGUAGCUUAUCGGAACUAGAAUCGGAUGCCGAUAUGGAUGGAAUGACGGAAGAUGACUCGGAGCCGUGGCAGCCGCAACAGGUCUCAAAACGGACUCGUCGAUCUACGGAUAAGAACGUGAUUCCGAACAGUGAAGAUGGGGAUUCGCUCCUGGACGAUGGAUCCGAAGAUGCGAAUCUGUACAUCACCAGCUCGGGUGACUCGACCGACUCAGAAGCUGAGAUCCCUCUGAUUGAACAGAGGCCACCGAGACGUGCAACUACCUCGGGUUCGAGAGGUCAAAGACGCCAGCCUCGGACUCGCGUUCCUACACGUGAAUUCGUCGAACGGCCGGCGACACAGUCAUGGAUGACUUAUCGCGCGUUCAAAGAACGCAAGAAGCUUGAAAAGCAGCAUCCCCUUAUUGUCUCCAUGUGGGACGAGCUAAGGAACACACCUCCCAUCACGCCUGUACCCGCCGAGCAGCCUGUGGGUAUCUCGAGAACGCUCAAGUCAUUCCAGCUUGAAGGUCUCAACUGGAUGAUGCGCCAAGAGCAGACUCAAUACAAAGGUGGUCUGCUGGGUGACGAAAUGGGUAUGGGAAAGACCAUUCAGGCAGUGUCCUUGUUGAUGUCCGACUAUCCUGCGGGCAAACCAUCUCUGGUCGUCGUGCCGCCUGUUGCCUUGAUGCAGUGGCAGUCGGAGAUUGCGGCAUACACCAAUGGCCAGCUCAAAGUUCUGGUGUACCAUAAUUCAAACAGCAAAGUCAAGGGUCUUACGAAGAAAGAUCUUUUAAAAUACGAUGUGAUCAUGAUAUCUUACUCUGGUCUCGAAUCGAUCCAUCGCAAAGAAUGGAAAGGUUGGAAUCGCAGUGACGGGAUCGUGAAGGAAGAUAGCGUCAUCCACUCCAUCGACUAUCACCGUCUUAUUCUUGACGAGGCCCACAGUAUCAAGCAACGAACCACAAGUGUUGCUCGCGCGUGUUUCGCGCUUAAAGCUAGCUACAAGUGGUGUCUAUCGGGAACGCCUGUGCAGAACCGAAUCGGUGAAUUCUUUUCUCUCUUGCGCUUUCUUGAAGUCCGACCCUUUGCUUGCUACUUCUGCAAACAAUGCAAGUGCCAGCAACUCCACUGGUCCCAAGAUGCCGAGAAACGAUGCACUACUUGCAAUCACAGUGGGUUUAGCCAUGUCUCGGUAUUCAACCAGGAGAUCCUGAAUCCAAUCACCGAGCGAGACAAUCCGGAAGUGAGAAAGGACGCCUUGGCCAAGUUACGUCUCAUCACCGACAGAAUCAUGCUCCGACGAGUCAAACGGGACCACACUGCUUCGAUGGAGCUUCCGCCAAAGCGGGUGAUUCUGCAUAACGAGUUUUUUGGAGACAUUGAACGUGACUUCUCUCGAAGCAUCAUGACGAACUCUACUCGGAAGUUUGAUACUUACGUGAGCAGGGGUGUGAUGCUCAAUAACUACGCCAAUAUUUUUGGACUUAUCAUGCAGAUGCGUCAAGUGUCGAACCAUCCGGAUCUCAUUUUGAAGAAGCACGCCGAGAAUGGCCAGAAUGUUUUGGUGUGCAAUAUCUGUGAUGAGCCGGCCGAGGAAGCGAUCCGGUCUCGUUGUCACCAUGAAUUCUGCCGUCAAUGCGCGAAAGACUAUAUUCGGUCCUUCGACGCUGACUCUGUUGUCGAUUGCCCCCGCUGCCAUAUUCCGCUCUCUAUCGACUUUGAACAGCCGGAUAUUGAGCAGGAAGAGGAGCAUGUCAAGAAGAACUCCAUCAUCAACCGGAUCCGUAUGGAAGACUGGACAUCUUCAACGAAGAUCGAGAUGCUUGUUUACGAGCUUUACAAACUGCGAAGCAAGAAGCAGACUCACAAAUCGAUCGUAUUCUCUCAGUUUACGUCGAUGCUCCAGCUUGUGGAAUGGCGUCUUCGUCGGGCUGGUUUCAACACGGUCAUGCUUGAUGGAACCAUGACUCCGGCCCAGCGUCAGAAAUCGAUCGACUAUUUCAUGAAGAACGUGGAUGUAGAGGUGUUCCUCGUCUCUCUCAAGGCUGGAGGUGUUGCUCUGAACUUGACCGAGGCGUCGAGGGUAUUUAUUGUUGACCCGUGGUGGAAUCCGGCCGCCGAGUGGCAGAGUGCGGAUAGAUGUCACCGAAUUGGUCAACGGCGCCCUUGUGUGAUCACGCGGCUGUGCAUCGAGGAUUCGGUGGAAUCUCGCAUUGUGUUGCUUCAAGAGAAGAAGGCCAACCUGAUCAACGGCACGAUCAACAAGGAUCAGGGCGAAGCGCUGGAGAAGCUCACGCCAGAAGAUAUGCAGUUCUUGUUCCGGGGAGCGUGA